CCGACACAGACCUUCCAGUUCAUCUCCCAACCAGUCCGCCGCUCCUCCUCAGAUGAAGUUCGUGGUGGUGCUCAUAUUGGCAGUGGCCCUAGCGGCAGCCGAUGACGAUGCCGCUAGCAACACUCCCCAAGGACGCACUAGGACUAGGGGCUCCGGCAGCGGCAGCCAGUCUUCUAAGAUCUUUGGAGGUGGACUCCUAGGUGGACUCGGUGGUGGACACGGAGGUGGGUUCGGUGGCGGACACGGAGGUGGGUUCGGUGGUGGACACGGAGGUGGACACGGAGGUGGGUUCGGUGGUGGGUUCGGUGGUGGACACGGAGGUGGACACGGUGGUGGAUCAUCUGGUUGCCGGUACUGGUGCAGGACACCCCAGGGUCAGGCUUAUUGCUGUGAGAACAGCAGCCAAGUACAAAGUCAAGUCGCUGUGAAGCCCGGAUAUUGCCCACCUGUCCGUCCUAGUUGUCCCCCUGUCAGGAGUUUCGGUCCCCCACAGACCUGUUCCAACGACGGUUCCUGCAGUGGUUACGACAAGUGCUGCUUUGACACUUGUCUUCAAGAACAUGUGUGUAAACCCAUUCAGCAAUUCGGUCGCUAAAAUGACGAACUUGGAUAAUGUCGGACAAUUUAUUCAGUAUACAAUGUAAAGGUGAGACAUGUUACCUAAGGGAGGGACAGCUUCAUAUAUACUCACCUUCCGAUGUUUGUAAUAUAAAAUAAAGAACAAGAUAAAUCC